AUGUAAUCUCUUUGCUUUUUGGCAAUUCCUCAAUUUCAUGUAUUGACAAGCUUAUUUUGCUUUGUUUAUUCUAUACUCAGUGUAGAAAAGUAAGAAUUUCAUUAAAAUAAGUUAAUCUGAAGAAUUGGCCUCCUAAUUUCUAUCAGGCUUACAACUUUUGGUCUGUGUGAUAGUCUUAGGGUUAGUGUUUGUCAGACCUAAGCAUAAAGUGAAAAAACUUUACAUAUUAUGCUUUGUCUGUUUGUUCGUUGCGAUAUCACUUUAUUUAAUGGUAGAGAAUUUUAGAAGAGAAAACUGUUUGGUGUUAUUUAUUUUCGAAUUUCUCUCCAUAGGGAUGAUAUUUUCAUUGGUUGUCCUCCCAAAUAAGUUAAUUGGAAUAGCCCUUCAGGUUUAGGUCUACCUGAUUGCAAUUUGUUUGGAUCUGAUGUCAUUUUAUGUUUAGUAAUAAUUUUCGUAAGAUUUAGUUAUUAUAUGGAUCAGUUCAACUUAAACAGAUCAAUCUCGAUCUUAGGUUCAAGUGUAAUUGAGAUGAUUACAUUGAUAUUGUGUAUAGUGUGUCAACUGAACCCAUAGAAAAGAUUGGCUGAUGAAGUGCAUCUCAUUAUAGGAUUUUAUAUCUUUUGUGAACUCUUUGUUAGUUGUACUUUCGUAGCCGAAUGUGUUAAUGUAAAUAUACAUUUUCUAUUGUAUUAGUAAGGAGUGAACAUAUUCCUAUUGGGAUUAACAAUUUUGAAAAUGUCUAACAUAUUAUUGGAUUUCAUACUUUAUUCCUUUGUGAAAUUGAAUUACCCAGAGAAUUAGAUAAAGCCAGGAAGAGUUGAUAUAGAAAAUCCACCUUAGAAAUCAGAAUUAAGAAGUGUGGCAACAAGAGAGACGCUUAGUGAGGAUUAGAACAGCUUAAAGUAAAAUACACAGGAACCCAUUCGCAUAGAAAGGAAGGCUUGUCCAUCAAUUUAAUGGAUUUAGGAUUUAUUAAAAAUUUAUUGA